AUGGAGCGGGUGGUCGUGAGUAUGCAGGACCCCGACCAGGGCGUGAAGGUGCGGAGCCAGCGGCUGCUCAUCACUGUUGUUCCGCACGCGGUGACUGGCAACGACAUCAUGGAGUGGCUGAUCCAGAAGUACUGCAUCUCAGAGGAGGAGGCCCUGCACCUGGGCAUUCUCCUACUGAGGCAUGGCUAUCUGUACCCGUUGCGCGAGCCCCGCAGCCUUGUGCUCCGCCCGGAUGAAACACUCUACAGGUUCCAGACACCCUAUUUCUGGACGAGCACCCUGUGGCCAGCUGCUGAGCUUGACUAUGCUAUCUACCUAGCCAAGAAGAACAUCCGAAAGCAGGGGGCCCUGACAGACCACGAGAAGGAGCAUUAUGACCAGCUGCACAGGAAGAUCAACCACACAUGGGACCUGGUAGUGAUGCAGGCAAGAGAACAGCUGCGGGCAGCUAAGCAGCGCAGGAAGGGGGACAGGCUGGUCAUUGCAUGCCAGGAGCAGACAUACUGGCUGGUGAACAGGCCCCCGCCUGGGGUCCCCAGUGUGCUGGAGCAGGGUCCAGAGCGGGGCUCCUGCACUGCCACACGAGUGCAGAUGACUAAGAACACGGAUUUCUACAAGAGGGAGGUGGAGUUCUGCAGAAAGGCCCUGGGCAGGACCCGGGUGAAGUCCUCUGUCUGCCUUGAGGCGUACCUGAAGUUCAGCAGCCAGCAUGAGCCGCAUGACCCCAUCAUGUCGGGGUGCCUGCCCAGCAACCCCUGGAUCACAGAUGAUGACACCUACUGGGCCAUGAAUGCACCCAGUGUGGCUGCGCCCACAAAGCUCCGUGUAGAACAAUGGGGCUUCAGCUUCCGGGAACUCUUGGAAGACCCCAUGGGACGGGCCCAUUUCAUGGACUUUCUCAGGAAAGAGUUCAGUGCCGAGAACCUCAGCUUCUGGGAGGCAUGUGAGGAGCUGCGCCACGGAAGGCAGGCCCAGGUCCCCACCCUGGUGGACACCGUGUACCAGCAGUUCCUGGCCCCUGGUGCUGCCCGCUGGGUCAACAUUGACAGCCAGACGAUGGAGCGGACCCUGGAGGGCCUGCACCAGCCCCACCGCUACAUGCUGGAUGACGCCCAACUGCACAUCUACAUGCUGAUGAAGAAGGACUCCUACCCAAGGUUCCUGAAGUCGGAAAUGUACAAAGCCUUGCUGGAGGAAGCCGUGAUCCCCUCGGAGACAAAAAGACGGGUGUUCCCGUUCAUGCGGAAACCACGGCGUUCGAGCCCCAGCCCUGCUCUCCUUCUUGCUUCUGCCUCUGGGGAACCUGCGGCUGCUGCCGGUGGCCCCAGCAGUGGUGAUGGGGAGGCCUAGGUGGGCCUAAGCCUGGAGGAGGAGGUGGUCAUCCUGGCCUCUCUCCUCUCACCUGGGGUCCUGGCAGCUGCUAAGACCCCCAGCAUGGGUGUCUCCUCAUGCAUAAGUUUUGCCUUGCUGUGGGGCACACGAGUCUCACUCAGGUUUCCCAGAAUGAAUUGGUCCAGGUGCUGGCUCCUAGGGAGGGGAUGUCAUUGGCCAAGCUUGAGUCACCUGGAGAAAGGUGGGAUGAGAUGGGCAAAUCAGACCAUGCUCCUAGCAGUUUGUGGUCUUCGGUUUGGCCCACCCCCAUCUCCAGAACCAUUAAAUUGGCAAGAGAGUAACUGAGAGCAAGACACACAAGUCUUGCAGGUGCUACUUGUCACGUGGUGAGAAAAUGCAGGCUUCAGGGUUAAUUUUCCUACUCUACUUUGCCUACUGUGACCCUGAUGAGGACUCCACAGAGCUCCCUGAAUUUUGGUGAGGCCAUGUUCAGCCUUCCAAGGAGUCCAGAGCAGUCCCCACAGGUGUGCCCUGAUCUUGGUCUGUACAUGUUCCCGACCUUGUCCUAAAGGUGCACCUCCAUCUGGUCUUCUCGAAGCCAUGGCUUCUCUGCCAGAAUUUGUACGUACAGAGAUGGCCCUGAUGUCCUCACCCCUCACAACUGGUCCAGUUCAUAGCUCUGCCUGGGUGGGUGGGUGGAGCCUGUGGGAGAUGCCGUGACAUGACACCAGUCACUCUUGUCUUGAGGUGCCCCACCUUCCCCUAGACUCAGAGUAAAGGAAUAGCUGCUCCUUUGGGGGUACAGCUCUGACUGGAGCAGCUGGGGCAGUACCCUCCCCUCCCACCCACUCUUGGUACAGAAAUAAAGGACCCUUGGCUCUUACUCUGAGCCCAUCCUGGUGUGUAUGUGCGUAUGCACACGUGUGUGGUGCGUAUGCACACGUGUGUGGUGUGUGAGGCAUGCAGUGGUGGGGGAGAUGGUGAAAGAUACCGUGAGUUCAGGUGUCAAAGACAUCAUGGAGGGUCCUGUAUGUGGGUGUCCAAGCUGGACUCAGGCUGCAGACUGGAGGGUCUGGUCUUUGAGGAGACAGUUGGGAACGCUGUCUGUACUCUGAUGAGACAAGGAUGCCUGAGUGCUCCAGAGGAGAGUAAGGAAGCAGUCCAGGGAGUCCGUGGUGGGAGGCUCCUGGUGUUGAUUCAUCGCCUCCUGGACCGGUUGUACCCCAAGGCCUCAGAGUUCCAGGGAACACGGUAUGGACCCUCAUGGGCAUAACUGCUUUAUUUACAAGUCCAGGGUGCAGGAGGCCCAUCAGUGAGGGUAUCCCCUGGGCUCAGUUCCCCAACUCCUGCUCACUGUCCUGGGACCUGCAAGGUGGUCUCUCCCCAGAUCUGACGCCUCUGUCUGGUGCUGUGGACCCCGACCUGGACCCUGGGAGGCUGUGAGCAUCACUCAAGCCCCCAGCCCUGCCCCACUCCAGGUGAUUUUCAUUUGUAGACCUGUCACUAUAGCCCUGUCAUGCCUGAGGCCGUGUAGGCUGGAUAGUUUUUCUCAAGGACAAGGGACCCGCUCCUUGGCACAAGGGCACCCAUCCUUUCAACCUCAGCCCCCUCACUGCCCCUCCCAGGCCUUUGCAAGAAACAGACCUGAUCAUGGCUGUCUCCGUGGCUAGAAAACAGGGCUUAUCAUAUUUCAAAAAAAUUCCUGAGGGAUGCUCUAAAACCACCAUGCUCAUCACUUUGGUACUCAAAGCAGCAUCUCACUGAAGCCCCCGUACUUGGCCUCCUCAUGCCUGGGCUCACCCACAACCCCUUCCUGGCCAGCCCUUGGAGGAUGUAGAGGUGCUGGGGGGACCCCCUGCCUGUCCCCACACCCACAUCCAUGGGCUGGGUUCCUGGAUUGCUAUGAGCGAGCGGGGAGGGGUCUUCAAAACUGAGCUGUGCUUGGGGGCCACGCUGAAAAAGACAUCUGGGGCUCGGUUUCCUUUCUGGCAGGUGUGAGUGUGAGGUGCUCCAAGAACCACCAGUAGAGGGCCCCUUACCUCCUC